AUGGCCUCUUCCAGGAAGAGGGGACGGCAAGAAAUGGAGGCCGCCGAGGCUCCCAAGGAACACGGUCUGCUUCACCGUAUUCGCAAUAUGUGGGAGUUUGCCAACCUGGUUCAGUGGAUAUUCAUUUUCGGACGGGCUGUCAAGAUUGAUGAGAACCUGGACGUCGAGGACCUUGAGGCGGAAUGCCUGAAGACUCAUUCAACUGUUUUACCCGAGAUUGGCCUUGCUCUCCUGAAAUUUGUGUCUUCGCACCGAGGCUUGACCCCUGAACUAUUCGAUGAAUACACACGAAGGCAAUACGUUGCUAAAGCGCCACAUCGCAACCCCUUCGGCACCGAAGAAGAGCCUGCAAAAUUCAAUGAGUUCGAUAUCCGAGUAUUGCAACAGCUUACACAAUGGACACUUAAUAAUCCUGAUCGCAUUCGCGAGAAGAUGGAGGAACAAAAAGAUACCGAACAGACAAUCUGGCGGAUUGAACCCUUUGGAUGGGACGCGGAAGACCGUACUUAUUUUCUCCUGGACGAUAACCGACUCUACCGCCGGACUGACCCUCCUCCUCCGCCUCCAGUGUCAAAGCCCAAAAAGAAUUCGAAAAAAGCCAAAGCAUCUCGCAGAGCUAGCAAACGUCGAAAGGUCUCAGAAGCUGCAGAUAGUGAAGCUGAACAUGUUGAAGAAUCAGCUGCUGAGGACCAUACAAAUGCCGACAUGGAGGACGACGGAUUUGGCGGUAUGAAAUGGGAAUGUCUGGCUGUUACUUUGGAUGAGCUUAAUGCCUUCGUUGCCUCCAUCGAUAAGAGCCGUGAUCCCAACGAGAAGAUUUUGCGCAAACGCAUAGUAGAUGAACUUCUGCCAAUUCUUGAGAAACAAGAGGAAGCUCGGAAACGCAAGGCAGCGCAGAAGGAACGCGAGCUACUCAAUCUUGAGAGAUUAGCUACAGCGAAGAGAUCUAGUAGAAUUGCUGGUAGACUCGAGCAGCGAAGACAGGAAGAAGAGGCUCGAGAAGCCGAACGAAAGAGACAGGCUGAGCUUGCGAUGGCGAAGAAGGAGCAAGAAAAAUGGUUGAAGUUAGAGAAGGAGAGGGAGUCUCGUAUGAAGACUCGAGAACAACGAUUGAAGGAGAGGGAAGCGCGACGCAUUCUUCACGAGGAAGAGCUUGCCAAUCUUUCUGAAGACAGCAAAAGACUCGAAUCGGGACAAGCCCGGUUAUCAGAGCGACAGCUGAAGGCAGAGAUAGAAAGAAAGAAGCAGGCGCUCGAAGAACUGAACGAGGAAGAUUGGAUUUUUGACUGCAUUUGUGGCGCAUAUGGUCAGAUUGACGACGGCACGCAUAGCAUUGCAUGCGAGAGGUGCAAUAUCUGGCAGCACAGUAAGUGUGUCGGUGUUAGCCGUGAGGAGGCCGAGCGGGAUGAUUUCCAUUUCAUCUGCAAGACUUGUGAGCGCCGUGCGAAGGACGCUGAAAGAGCGAAGACUCAUCCCCCAAUAACGAUCAAGCUCAAUCGACCGGGAUCCUCCUCUUCAGCGAUGCCUCCUACGCAGAGUGGCUUGCCAGCAGUCUUAGAUCAGUCAGUUCCCACGGAAACAGCCCAGUUCACUCCGAGUGUUGCCCAGAAAAGUACGCCGUGGCAGGUACCUUACGUUCCACAAGAGGCUGCUGUGGGUGUAUCCCAGAGUAACGGUCACCAAGUACCUCAGGAACCUUCGAAGAUGGCAAUGCCUUCCGUUCCAGCGCCUGCUCCCACCGCCAUGGCUUACGACAGACCGUCCAGCAGUGCAUCUGCUAGCGGAAAGCACUAUUCACCUUAUGCUAACAGCGGAACUCCUGCUCAUUCUGGUGUCCAAAGGCCUCCAAGCGCGCAUGCGUUCUCAUCUCCCCAUCCACAUAGCCCUACUAAUCUACCUCCGCCCGUCCAGCACGAGUCCUAUUCCUUCAUCAAUGGCAAUGGUCAAGGCACGCCAGUUCAGUACAACACUGCUAGCUACUCCCCAGCUACAUCUCAACGCAACGGACAGUCAUCCCCGUCUCGGGCCCCGAAUGGUCAGUUUCCGGCAUCAAAUGAUAGAUAUCAUCGCCAGGGCUCAAUCAACCUGCCGUCCCCCUUUUCUGGCACCCCGGUACUGACGCCAGCGAACAAAGGCCAUCCGGCUGUUAAUCUAUCCAGCAGCCCGCCGAUGAAUCCGAGGCCGAACGAGCAGGAGUCAGCAUUGUCUCCCGGAACACAGCUUUCUCAAUUUCAGCAAGUUGGGGAUCCAAGCUAUUCUUCACCCCUUCCGCCGGUCGCGACAGGACUUUCCCCGACCAAGCAUUCACCCCCCAGACCAACGACAUCUAAUGGAAACCUGGCCUCGGCCACGCCAUCAGUCUUGCCACCGGUGGCCUCUUUGUCCCCCAGUCCACAGCUCCAAAACUUGACACCACCGGUUAAGCCCUCGGAGCCCGAACGGAGCCGUGAGAACGGGCAUGGCGCGAGCUUCUGA